AUGUAUCAAAGCUUUAUGGAUAGUGUCACUCCGUAUUUAAUUCCGAGGUGGAUUGCAACCGGUUUUCUGUUUUUCUUCUAUUGGUUUCGUGUGCUGCUUCUGCAGGGAUUUCACGUAGUGAGCUAUGCAUUAGCUAUCUAUCUACUGAAUCGUCUUAUCGGAUUUUUGUCUCCUAUGAUUGAUCCUGACAUGGAUCCGGACACCGAUCCUGUACUACCUAUGAAAUCAUCUGAAGAUUUCCGACCGUUUUUGCGACGUCUACCUGAACUUAAAGUUUGGAAUUCGUGCACAUUGGCACUGUUGAUCUCAAUUGUGUGCACAUUUUUCCCAUUUCUGGAUAUUCCAGUAUUUUGGCCGAUUUUGGUGAUUUAUUUCUUCCUAUUAUUUUAUCUGACUAUGAAGCGACAAAUACUGGUGAGUUUCCACUUUCGCAUGAUUUCUCUUGGAGAGCACAAUUUUGUUUCUCACAAAGCUGGCGUUACCCUACACAACCUCUGCUCAGGUUGCUUAAAUUAG